ACCGCCCACUCUCUUCCCAAGCCUAAAUAAAUUAACCCUCCCCAUCUACUUAUUUCAAACAAAACACCCAAUUUCUAAGCCCCUUCCAUCGGAAUGAAGACAACAAGCUUACCGCCACUAUCUGUUCUUAACUAUAUGAUGAUCCUUUCCACUGCAAUAAUGGCGGCCGCCGCCGUCUCCGCCGCCGCUUUUGAGUUCAAAGUCGGCGACGAGAUGGGUUGGCAACUUCCCAAGCCGAACAACUCUGAAUUCUACAGUUAUUGGGCCUCCAUUAACCGAUUUCAAAUCGGAGAUUCUCUAUCUUUUGAAUACAACAAUGAUUCGGUUGUGAUGGUUGAAAAAUGGGAUUAUUAUCACUGCAAUUCAAGUGAUCCAAUACUGAGUUUCGACAACGGGAAAGGCGUUGUAAAGCUGGACAGGGCAGGCGCCUUUUACUUCAUCAGUGGCUUUCCGGAUCACUGUAAAAAUGGCCAACGCCUCCUCGUUCAAGUCUUGUCGCCGCCGCUGCAUGAUCUCAUCGGCCCUUCGCCUGAAGCUUAUGGUGAUGAUGCUCCUUCGCCGUCGUCCAACAAUGCUGGAGUUUCUGUUCAGAUCAUUAACCUGGCCGUGAUCAUCUUCCCCAUGGCUGCCGUUGUUGGAUUGUUGCUGUUCUGAUCCUCUUUGAACCUAAUUGUUGCUUGGUUUGUUGAAUCUUUUUGUUGUUACUAUGUCUUUCAUCGUGGUUUAAUAUAUUUUCUAAUCAUUUCCU